GUAUCCCAUUCAAUUCCCCUGGGAAAUUGACGCAUGCAGAGGUUCACCAUGGCCUUGAAGAGGAGACGUGCAACCUCGCCCUCCAGCAGUGUGAGUGGAGGUGAUUUUGAUGAAUGCCAGUCUUCAUCCUUAGUGUCUUCACUUGGGAGAAAGAAGAGAAGGACCUCAAACAUUCCACCCGUGGAUCCCAUUGCUGUUUGUCACGAGCUGUACAACACCGUGAGAGAUUACAAGGACGAUCACGGCCGGAUGUUGUGCGAGCUCUUCAUCAGAGCACCUAAACGACGAAACCAGCCUGAUUAUUACCACGUGGUGUCUCAGCCCAUUGACAUGAUGAAGAUCCAGCAGAAGUUAAAGAUGGAGGAGUAUGAUGACGUGGAACAUCUCACCACAGACUUUGAGCUCUUAUUCAACAAUGCAAAGAGGUAUUACAAGUCUGACAGCGCAGAGUACAAGGCAGCAUGUCGACUCUGGGACCUUUACCAGCAAACCAAGAAUGAAUUUGUGCAGCGAGGGGAGUAUGAUGAAGAUGACGAAGAUGCAUUUGAUGCCCAUGACAACGCGGGAGGCUCCACCGAGGAUGAGAGUGCUCCGCCGUGUCUGAGGGAACUUCUGGAGCAGCUUCUGGACGCUGUGGUUAGUUACAUAGAGCCACCGGGACGUCUGGUCAGCGAGCUCUUCCAGAGGCUUCCCUCCAAAGCGCAAUAUCCGGAUUACUAUGCCGUCAUUAAGGAGCCGAUCGACCUGAAAAUUAUAGCUCAAAAGAUACAGAUGGGCACUUACAAGAGCGUCAGUGCGAUGGCCAAAGACGUGGAGUUGUUGGUCAAAAAUGCCAAAACAUACAACGAACCUGGAUCACAGGUGUUCAAGGAUGCAAACACCAUUAAAAAGGUUUUCUCGCAGAAGAAGUCAGAGAUUGAACACGGGGAGCCGAUCAAGUCCAGCAUUCGGAUUCGGAAUCGGAAGUCAGCGCAGGGUGACAGAAUCUCAGCCAUAACAAUGGCACUUCAGUAUGAGAGUGAUGAUGAAGGAAUACUCUCUGGUUCAGUCCACUAUGAUGAAGGCGAGUCUGAGGCGGAGAGUCUAACCUCGAAUAUGGACAUGACAAACCCGAUUUUCCAACUGUAUGAAGCCGUACGGGGUGCAAGGAACAGCCAAGGGCAGUUGAUCUCUGAACCGUUCCUGCAACUGCCCUCCCGCAAGGACUACCCCGACUAUUACCAACAGAUCAGUCAACCCAUGUGCCUGCUUCUGAUCAAGAACAAGAUGAGGAGCAACGAGUACGAAAGCGUGGAGCACAUCGACUCAGAUCUCACGCUGAUGUUUGAAAACGCCAAGCACUACAACGUGCCUCACUCUUCCAUCUACAAGCGUGCCCUCAAACUUCAGCACAUUCAGCAGAUCAAGAAGAGGGAGCUUGUGCAGAGGGAUGAUGACGAUGGAGACAGCAUGCUCUCCUCUGCUACGUCAGACACAAGCUGCAUCAAGAGAAAAAGUUACAAAAAGACUUCAAAGAAGACCAGAAUGAAAGCGCUGCUCGCUGCCGUGACUGAAGCUCGGGAGGCUGGGACAGGCCGAAGACUGUGUGACCUGUUCAUGGUCAAGCCGUCCAAGAAGGACUACCCAGACUACUACAAGGUCAUCCUGGAACCCAUGGACCUCAGAACCAUCGAGCAUAACAUCCGCUCUGACAAGUACCUCAGUGAAGACACAAUGGUGGAAGAUAUGAGGCUCAUGUUUCGUAAUGCCCGACACUACAAUGAAGAAGGUUCCCGGGUUUACAAUGAUGCUGAGGUUCUUGAGAGAAUUCUCCGAGAGAGACGUCGGGAGCUGGGCCCAGCCCCGGAGGAGGAUGAUCUGAUGUCGGCAAAGAUGAAGAACAGAAAGACCAGCUUGGCUGUGAAGAAGUCCAAGUACCUCACCCCGCUACAGCAGAAGCUGAAUGAGCUUUAUGAGUCGGUGAAGAACUACGCUGAUAAACGAGGUCGGCGACUCAGCACCAUCUUCCUGCGGCUGCCGUCCCGCGCAGAGCUGCCGGACUAUUACAUCGCCAUCAAGAAGCCUAUGGACAUGGAGAAGAUCAAGGGCCACAUGUUGGCUAAUAAAUACCAAGACGUGGAUGCGCUGGUGGAGGAUUUCGUUCUCAUGUUCAACAAUGCUUGCACCUACAACGAGCCGGAGUCUCUGAUUUACCGUGAUGCCCUGGUCCUGCACAGAGUCCUGCUGGAGACGAAGCAUGAUCUGGAGGGCGGCGAUGACGCCCACGUGCCUGAUGUGCCUCGUCUCAUCCAGGAUCUCAUCCGCAGCCUGUUUGUGUCCGUGCUCGGGCACCAAGAUGACGAGGGCCGCUGCUAUAGCGAUUCACUGGCUGAGAUUCCCGCCAUGGAUCCGGCAAACCCGGAGAAGCCCCUGCUUAACUUUGAGAUCAUACGGAACAAUGUGGAACAAGGGCUUUACAAAAGACUGGAUGUUUUCCAGGAUCACAUGUUUGAGGUGUUGGAAAAAGCCCGGCUCAUGAACAGGACGGACUCAGAGAUCUUUGAGGAUGCUGUUGAGCUGCAGCAGUUUUUAAUUCGGAUUAGAGAUGAACUCUGCAAAAAUGGCGAGAUCCUGAUGUCGCCUGCGCUCAGCUACACCUCCAAACAUCUGCACAGCGAUGUCGAGAAGGAGAAGAAAGAGAAGCUUCCCAGCGAGUUUGAGGAGGACAAACUCAAAAGGGAAGAGGAGAAAAUAGAAGCUGAGAAAAGAGAUGACUCCGGUGCAGACUCAUGGCAGUCCAGCUCUCAGCGCACAUACAGUCAAGACUGCAGCUUCAAGGACAGCAUGUACCAUGUAGGAGACUACGUCUACGUGGAGCCGGCAGAGCCGAACCUGCAGCCUCAUAUCAUCUACAUAGAGCGUCUGUGGCAGGAUGACACUGGAGAGAAGUGGUUGUAUGGCUGCUGGUUCUACAGGCCGAAUGAAACGUUUCAUCUUGCUACACGGAAGUUCUUGGAAAAGGAAGUUUUUAAAAGUGACUAUUACAACAAGGCCCCUGUCAGCAAGAUUCAGGGGAAAUGUGUGGUCAUGUUUGUGAAGGAGUACUUCAAACUUCACCCAGAGGGCUUCAGAGCGGAGGAUGUUUACGUUUGUGAGUCACGCUACUCUGCCAAGUCCAAGUCCUUCAAGAAGAUCAAGAUGUGGACCAUGCCCUUGAGCUCAGUCAAGUUUGUCCAGCGAGAUGUUCCUCUGCCUGUUGUCCGUGUAGCUUCCAUGUUCGCCCCCAAGCAGGAACAGAAACCGUCUGAGAGCGCGGCUGAAACCAAACUGACUGAAGCCGUCGUCGACAAGGAGAGAGAAGAUGUUCCCACUGAUGUAACCAACGGGGAACCGGGCUGUCAGUAUUAUGAGCAGCUGUGCUACAACAACCUGUGGCUGAAGAUUGGAGACUGUGUCUACAUUGCGUCUCAUGGACUAGUGCGUCACCGUGUGGGCAGAGUUGAGAAAAUGUGGGUGCGCGAUGGUGCUGGAUAUUUCUACGGUCCAAUCUUCAUCCACCCUGAGGAAACGGAACACGAGCCGACCAAAAUGUUCUACAAGAAGGAAGUCUUCCUCAGCAACCUGGAGGAGGCCUGCCCAAUGAGCUGCAUCAUAGGAAAGUGCCAAGUGUCGUCCUUCAAGGACUACCUGUCCUGCCGGCCCACUGAAGUUCCCGAACAGGACGUUCUCCUCUGCGAGAGUCGCUACAUCGAGAGUGAGAAGCAAAUGAAGAAGUUCAAGGGUCUCAAACGCUUCUCGCCGUCUGGGAAAGUGGUUGAGGAUGAGAUCUACUAUUUUAGGAAACUCAUAGUCCCUCAGAAGGAGCAGUCUCCUCUGCUUGACCGUAAAAUAGAGGAACUGGAGGCCAAAUUUGCAGACAUGACAGAUGAGGAACUGGAGGAUCUUGGGGAUGAUGACGGCUAUCUGGGGGAUCAUUCCCUUUCCAGGUCUCACUCUGCUUUGUCAAGUGACAUGGAUAUCAUGUCUUACACCCCCCCACAGUCCUCCCAAAAAUCCAUCAAGGGUCUGUCCAAAAAAGAAGGGUCAAAGAGGAAAAUCAACAUGAGCGGCUACAUCCUGUUCAGCAGCGAGAUGCGGGCGGUCAUCAAAGCUCAACAUCCAGACUUCUCCUUUGGAGAACUGAGCCGCCUGGUUGGGACAGAGUGGAGGAACCUGGAGAGUUCCCGAAAGGCAGAUUAUGAAGAAAGGGCCGCUAAAGUGGCUGAACAGCAGGAGCGUGAGAGGGUUCAUCUGACGUCCCCAAGAUCAGGUACCUCUGUAGAGGCACUGAUAGGGAUAGUGCCUCCUCCAACCCCCAUGGGGAUGCUAGAUCCCAGCAUGACUUCUUUGUCAGGUAUGGUGGGGUCAUGUAGUUCAGCUUUGAUGGAAGGCAUGACUUGUAUGAUUGACAUACCAUCAUUUCACGCGGGGAGACCAGUGUUUCCCCAACAUCUGCUGCCCAGUGUGCCUGGUUUCCAUGGAAUGUCCUGCUUUGGUAACGGGACAGGGGCUGGAAGUCAUGGAUCCCUGAUGGGUUUGAUGGGGUCUGGUCAGCAGACACCUCCAACAUUACCAGGAGGAGUGCUGGGACAAGCCGCCCUUCAGCAGCCCUCCACCCCCAUUUUUGUGUCCGCUCCGGCUAAAACUCAGAGGCUGCUCCACUCUGAGGCUUAUCUGCGGUACAUCGAAGGCCUGAAUGCAGAAACAGCCACCAUCAGCAAGUGGGAUCAGGUCCUUUCAGUGAAAAAACAAGACGUGCGUUUGACAAAGGAGCAAGAAAGCAAGCUGCCGUCCCAUUGGCUGAAGAGUAAAGGGGCACACAAGACAAUGACUGAUGCACUUUGGCGACUGCGUGACUUAAUGCUGCGAGACACGCUCAACGUAUGUCAGACGCACCACUAGCUGCAUGCAAACAGUCGGAGCCUCUGACCCCAAAACCUGUCAGACAGGAAGGACUCAUGCUCAUUAAAAAGUGUGAUAUUUGUGUUGUUGUAAAGCAAGUGCUUUAGUGUUGUUCUGCCACAUAGUGAUGAAUGUAUUCCUACUUUCACAGUUGUGAGCUAUUUCAUUUACAUGUUUACUGACCAUACAAAGGAGAAUUCAGUGCAAUCAAAUAGUAUAAAAGUGCUUCAGUUAUAUGGUAUUAAAAAAACAAAUAAAGGUGUCUUGUUUCCCUUGACUGGUGGAUUAUGUGCAAUUUCAGUACCUGAGAUCUGUUGCUAGUGACGAUAUGGAUGUGUUUCCUCAGGCAAAACAACCAAUCCAAUCCACUUGUAACGGUUCCCUACAAAUAAUAUAGUUGGGUGCGUGCAUCAUUCUUUUUGUUCUUGUUUGAUUUGGUUGUGCUAGAGAGCUCGACAUCAUGCUACCAUCCAAUAGAAAAAUGUAUCAUUAACAUUAGUUC